AUGACCUAUACAUUAAACCUGUGCUAACCAACCCAAGAUUGAGGAUUAUGACCGGGGCACAUGUCAGCAAGGUAAUCUUUGAAAAUACUACGGCUGUGGGCGUUGAAAUUAAUUCUGAUGGCGUAGUUUACUACGUGGCUGCCAAACGUGAAGUCAUUAUUUCUUCAGGAGUGAUCGGAUCACCACAUGUCCUUUUGUUGUCCGGCAUUGGGUCAAGCGAUGUUUUAGACAAAUUCCGGAUACCUGUUAUUAGUGAACUUACAGGAGUAGGACGCAACCUCCAAGACCACGCUACAGUACCUAUAUAUGUCAACCUAAAGGCUCCCGUUAGCAUCAAUGAAUACAAAAUAAAAAGUGUAUGGCAAAUAUGGAAGUACAUCUGGGGUGAAGGUCACCUUACUUCCAACGCCGUUGCGUCCGUUCUCAGGACGAAUGUAAAGGAUCGCCACCUCCAAGCAAUGUUUAUAGCAAUGAACUUUGGCUCCUUCAGAGAAGAUAUACUUGUAAAAAUUUCUAAUCUCAAGAAAGAGGAUAUGAACGCUUUGUUUCCAGACAUUGGAAAAAACGACAAAGAAGGAUUUUUGCUGCUGGCUGCCUGCCUUCAUCCAAAAUCCAAGGGUAGCGUUACUUUGAAAACAGGCAACGCUCUUGACGCUCUACUGAUUGACCCGCAGUAUUUCAAUGAUCCCCAAGACAUUCAAUGCGUGACCAAUGAACAGUCAGAGUCUUCAUCGAGACUCAAGGCUGGGUUAGUGAUCUAA